AUGGCAACGGACAUCUUCAAGAAAGAGUACAGCAAUCUCCAGGAGGAAAAUGACCGAUAUAAGCUGCUCAUCAGCCAACAGAAGGACCAUUUGGUCUCUCUGGUUAGGGAAAUAACUGGGGCCGAGAGCAGGAUUCAGGAGAAGUUAACAGUUCCAGGAGGCAUCGUCAAACACCAAGGGAAACAUAUUCGCAUCUUAGAAAACAAACUCAACCAGGACACUAUUAAGUUUGAUGAGCUGCUGUGCAGCAAUGCAGAUUACCGUAAAGACAUGGCUCACCUGCAGCAGCAGAAAGUCAUAGGGUGCAACAUUGAAAAGAAGUUUAACAGGCAGCUGGCUACACAUCCAAACAUCAUGGAGAAGCUGGAAGAGAGUUUCUCCAUCGCUUUUAACCAGAGGUCAGAAGCCGAGACCCUAAUGCUGGAGGUGACGGAGUACACCGAGGUGGCGAUGAUUCAGUUCACCAAGAGAAGGAUGGAGCUGACGACUGUUAUCCACAAUUUCGCCAAACUGCGCACUUUCAUGGACAGAAAGUUACAGGAAAUUAUUCCUUUGGAAGAGGAUGAAGACUCCAAGAAGAGAAAGAAACAGCUGCAAUAUCAGAAUGAAGUCAAGAUGCUGGAGAUGUACAUGCAGGGUCACAGUACGCUGGUGAAAGUUACUGAAGAGAGAGACCGUCAUAUAGGCCACAUGUUUAUUCAGAAUGAACAGAAGAACUUUGCUCACAUCAACUACAUCAACGAGCUGCACAACGGGAAGCACAUACUGAAGAGCUGCAGAGACAAGAGGAAGAGCGACAUACUGCUCCUUGAGCAAGAGAGCAAACGACAUGAUGGGCAGAGUAGGAGCCAGGUUAAGGAGCUAGAGUCUGAGUUGGAGAAGUACAGCUGCCUGUCUGACUCCCUGGAAAAGCAGUGCACUGUGGUUCAGAAGAGUCUGGACCAGCUGAAGACUGCCAUCACCAGCCUUUUUGCUGAGAUAAUGCCAGCAUCCGUCAUUGUCAUGUUUGACAACAUUGCAGACUUCACUAGUAUCCUUGAGGAGAGUAUUAGCGACCGGCUCAUCCAGACCACCAACAUGGGGGAUGAGCAGAUGGAACUGCUGUCGGCCAACUCUGACUUGCUACCAGAAGUUGUGGCAGCUGUGGAAAUGGAGUGCGGCAAGUCCCCUUAACGCUCGCUCAAGUCUGCCUGA